AACCGGUUUGGAAAUGAACGUGGCUUAGCUCGAUGCAAGUCUUCAAAAGUUGGAAUCACAGACAAAGAAAAAUAGUUUGUAUUCAGUUGCGGUACAGUGCAGAAGAACGGUGACAAAACGCUCCGAUUUAUUAUUGCAACAUUUAAGGCUGUGAAUAUUAGUGAAGAAAAUCAAAAAACCAAAACUUUUUGAAAAUGAAACAGAAAUUUAUGAAUUUGGCGCUAGGUACCCUAACACUAUUUGUUGCAGCAGAAAGUGCAUUCCAAUGCCCCAAACCCGAGGGCCAGUUCCCCGAUGAUAUCCAAUGUGACAAGUACUACCAAUGUGAUGACGAUGUGGCGAAAGAGAAACUUUGUCCAGAUGGCUUGGUAUUCGAUCCUCUUAACAGACAUAUUAAUAAGUGCGAUCAGCCGUUCAACGUGGACUGUGGUGAUCGAACUGAACUGCAAGAACCGAAAUCUACGAAAUUUUGUCCCAGAAAAAACGGAUUUUUCGCACAUCCUGACUCUUCCGUGUGUGAUAUUUUCUACAACUGUAUUGAUGGGGAUGCAUUGGAAAUGAAGUGUACGGUUGGCUUGCACUUUGAUGAAUUUGGUGGAACGUGCGUUUGGCCGGAUACUGCUAAGCGCGAGGGUUGUGAAGCCCCACAAAAAAAAUCGCCUACUGGCUUCGUGUGUCCCAAGGACCGUGCAAAAAAUGACGAUAAGGGCCAAGUAGUUACCCAUCCGAAGUUUCCCCAUCCGACAGAUUGUCAAAAAUUCCACGUAUGUUUAAAUGGCGAAGAUCCCCGUGACCUUGCGUGUCAGCUGGGUGAAGUUUAUAAUGAGGAAACCGAGAUGUGUGAUGCUCCAGAGAACGUGCCCGGAUGUGAAGACUGGUACAAGGAUUCCGAUGACAAAAAGGAAUAAUAUGUUUAUGUUUUAACCUUUGGCAUCCCGCCUACCGGCACCGUGAACGCAACAUCUGCUCAGAUUUGAUAUUCUACGGCGUCGUUUAUUGUUACGUUUUUCUCCUUCAUAUGUAGUAUAUGUAUUUGUAUGCACAUAUGUGCAUAAUAUGUAUGUAUCAGUAUAAUAUUUUAUUGUACUUGAUUCGGUUAAUUGCCAUAGAAAAUAAGUCAGCAUAUUUUCGAUAUGACAAUUUUGAUGCAGUUCGGUCCGUUUAAAGGAGCUCUGUUGAACUGCAUCAAAUUUGCCGUAUCGGAAAAGUGCUGUCUUAUUCCUAUUGGUAAUUAAUCGAUUCACUUGUUCUUUCAGGUGACUUAAUUAUAUAUUUUAAUACCCAGA